AUGGAAUCAGCGCCGACAGGAUGCUUCAAGUGUGGCCGUCCCGGUCACUGGUCACGCGAUUGCCCAUCAUCGGCUCCGGUCGCCGGCAAUCCCGCAUCGUCUACUCCCACUCCGUCUCAGACCCCUAAUAACGACUCUCAGAGAUCUUCUUUCGCCAAAAGCGCCAGAAACUCCACAGCGCCUGUUCCUAAAUCGGCGAAAGCGAGAGCCCAGAGGCCGAAGCUAACUCCUGAGAUGCUGCUCUCGGAGGAUGGUCUCGGCUAUGUUCUUCGCUAUUUCCCUAGAUCCUUCAAGUAUCGUGGCCGAGGGAAAGAGGCAAGCGAUUUGGGGAAUAUGAUAAGGCUGUACAGUGAGUGGCACUCUCAUUUGCUACCUUACUAUUCGUUUGACCAGUUUGUGCAUAAAGUUCACCAAGUCGCUUCCACUAAGCGUGUUAAGAUUUGUAUAAACGAAUUGAGAGAAAGGGUGGCCAAGGGAGUUGAUCCAAACAAGUUAUACGAUAAGCAAGAGGAAAAUGAUGUUCCUUCUAAUGAUCCAGUUAACCUGGAGAUGGAUCUGCCAAGUGACGAUGAAGAGAACAUACCAUCCAAGAGCGUUGAUGCUGAUGCUGAUACAAAUGCUGAUGCUUUUCAAGACAGUAUGUUGAACGAGAUCUUUGACAAUGCAAUGGAUUCGAGAGAUACUUCGAAGCUACCAAGCGAUGAGCAAAUCACGGAUACAAGCAUUGAACUGACAGAAGAGCAAAGAGCACGUAUGGAAGCUAAUAGAUUGAAGGCAAUGGAGAGAGCUCAGAGCAUUUCUGAGGAACAGAGAGUGCGUAUGGAAGCUAAUAGGCUAAAGGCUCUCGAGAGAGCCAAAGCAAGGCUCCAACCAAAUCAAGAUUAG